ACCAAACAUACGGCUUAGGAAAUCUUGGGAAUUGGGAGCAUUUUCUGUUAUUUAUAGGCAAAAAUGAGACCUUUAACGCACGAGGAAACAAAAACCUUCUUUGAGAAGCUUGCUCAAUAUAUCGGUAAAAAUAUCACUCAUUUAAUUGAUCGCCCAGACGAUCCCCAUUGCUUUCGUUUACAAAAAGACCGUGUUUACUAUGUCAGCGAAAAUGCUAUGAAGUUGGCUACUUCUGUUGCUCGUACAAAUCUCAUGUCCUUGGGUAUUUGCUUUGGAAAAUUCACAAAAACAAACAAAUUUCGCUUACACAUCACCUCCUUGGAUUAUAUUGCUCAGUACGCUAGAUACAAAAUUUGGGUCAAGGCCAACGGUGAAAUGCCUUUCUUGUAUGGCAACCAUGUCCUGAAGGCUCAUGUGGGUCGUAUUACCGACGACACACCUCAACACCAAGGUGUCAUCAUUUACUCCAUGAACGAUACUCCUUUGGGCUUUGGUGUGACCGCUCGCUCUACUGUUGAAUUGUCCCGUUUAGAUCCCACCGGCAUUGUUGCCUUCCACCAAGCUGAUGUUGGUGAAUAUUUGCGCGAUGAAGAUACUCUUUUCUAAUUAGGAACUGUAUAUGUAUAUCCCUUUCAAACGAUCUCUCCCUUCCUUUUCUUUCAACUAGUCCACUUUACUAGAUGUUCUUCCUCGAAACAUCUCUCUUCCAAAACAAAGACGUUUCCUCUUGUUAUCAGCUAGAAGAGUAUAGUUUUGCUCCAAUCUUUUUUAUUCUGUUUUGAGUUUUUUUUUUUGGUAUAACUUCAAGGUGUUGGAUUUUUUGUUACGUUCUCUUACGCUUAAAAAAUAUCUUCAAACAAGAACGGUUUUGGGUUACACGGUUUUAUAAUUGUAGAAAUUUUAAUUUAAGUGAAAAAAUUUAAUAUUCUAAAAAACGUUUACCUAGUAAAUUCUUAUUUUCGUAGAAACCUUUUAUAUGGAUAGAACCAUUUUGCC